AUGUUAACCAUGUUAGAGAUGCCAACGACCAUGACAACAACACCAACAAUAAUGUUAAUAAUUGCAGCAACAACACCAAUACUAAUUUUAACAACAACAUCAUCAUUGUCAAUAACAGCAACAAUAACAACAGCAACAACAACAACAAAAAAAGGUUCUGGAGCAACGGCCUUCUUGUGGUGGAACCGAUUGGCGUCGUGGUCAGGAUCGCUCCUCUCCUCCUCGUCAACAAACCGUUGCAGCAACCCCUCCCCAACACGAUUUCACCGUUCUGGGUUUUUGCCUGUGGAGCAGUUCUCGCCGGCCGGCCUGCUCCGCAUGCUAUUACUGCGGGCCGGCAUCGAAUCCAACCCAGGUCCGAAGAUAUGGAUCUGCGAGAUAUGUAACAAACGUGUCAACAAAACCCACUACUCUGUCCGCUGCAGAACAUGCUGCAAGUGGACACACCUCAACAACUGCGCCACUAACUUAGGAAGUUAUUAUCUCUGUAAUAACUGUCCUCACCCUACUACAAUUACUAGCUCGCCGGUGCGUGGUGCGCAACCCCAUCGUCCCAUCAUCUGCAAUAAAACAUCUGCAACACCCAACAUCAAUCCAAUCUCGCACUCGGACAGCAAGCUGAAUAUUCUUCAAUUCAACUGCAACGAUCUCAAGAAUAAGAAUAAGAGUGCCGAGAUUGCUCAUCACCUAUCCAUACACAAUAUCUCAAUCGCCGCCCUCCAGGAGACGAAACUUUCAACUCGCUCUGCUGUUCCGGUUUUCAAGAAUUAUGCUAUAUACCGGAAAGACCGGAAAAGUGGUCGUGGCGGCGGCCUCAUGAUGCUGAUACAUCAUAAGAUCCCUUACACCAUUAAACAGCUACCUGAUACAGAUACCACGGAGAGCCAGGGGAUCACCAUCAUGGCUGAUGGCACCGAGAUAAAUAUAGUGAACGUAUAUAUCCCUCCUCAAUUUGCUUUCCCACCUCAUUUCUGCGCUUCAAUAGUAGAUUUAUUGGAAUUCCCUAACAUCAUUCUACUUGGCGAUCUAAAUGCUCAUGAUGGCCUCUGGUACUCGGGUAUUAGUGAUGCACGUGGCGAAACGCUAGCGGCGGAAAUAGACGAUUCCGACUGCUGUACUUUAAAUCUUGACAGUCCAACCAGGCUUCCAUCUAAUAAACAGAAAAGCUUUUUUCGGUAUUCCUAUACCAUCUUCGGUGUUCAAAUUGAUAUGUUAUGGUUGUGUCCAGAGGCUAAAAUAUUUUUAUACUGUGCCUAUUUAUUGGUUCCUUGUUUGUUCCAAGUGAAUAUUUAG